UCUUCGUUUCACUCGUUGGCGUCCCUCGCUUGUGGACAUAUUUGGCGUCAAGUGAGUUUCGACGUCUCCUUCAUUAUGAAAACUCGGGAGAAGCUUGAACUACGAUUCACUGAAGACGAGAAACAAAUGCUUAUCUGGGUUCAACAAGCAUGAAAAGGUAUUCGAGUGAGUGCCCGAAUCCGGUGCCGCGUCCACACGCCUCAACGAAAAAGUUUAAAAUCCUCAUAGGAUCUUCCUACGGGACUCUAGUAACGAAAAAGCGCAUGGUACUCCCGAUGCGGAAGGUAAAGGACUGUGAAUUGAAGCGGUGCUCAAAGCAGGAAGAGAACUGCUUUUUCAGCCAGGUGAAUGCGGUCUGGGCUGGACAUAAUUUCCAGGUGGCAGUUGCACUGAUCUUCUCAACAAUGCCCCCUGGCUGGCAUGACUGGCAGAGAAGCAAGGAUGGCUCAUUCUCCUUAGGUUGCGUGAUGCUGUGCACGGAGUGAUCAUUUCAACUACCUGACGAGUAUAGUGCCCGGAGCGAGUCUUCGACUGGUGUUUUUAGCCUCCUUUGCUGCCCAUACAUCAAAAGUGGUCACGAAGAGGCAACGAAUGACAUCACAGAAGCCGAAGUGUCACGCUGUUGCAUGUUGCGAUCCUGGCGGUUGGCCAUUGAAAUGUUAAAGAGCAGCUGCGAGUACCACGAGGCGAACGCGAGUGUCGCUGUUGUCACGGCGUCCCAACCACCGGCUGCUGGAGCUUCAGUGGACUGUCGAACUGGAGAGUGACCUGAAGCAGAACAGGCGUCUGCCACAUCAACCACCGCUGCUGGGACACCGCCAGAAUUGCGACCGGCGACAGCAUUACACUUGUAUGACGCACCAGGCAGAAAUUGAGGGACCACUUCUUUGGACACUGUAGACACACCAGUCGGAGAUGCAUUCCAGGCACCAUACCUAUACAGUGCCACUCUGACUUCAGUUUGCUUGUUUUUCUACCCCUUUCAGCUGGCAGUCGCACUGAUCAUCUCAACAUUGUCCCCUGGCUGGUAUGACUGGCAGAGCAGCAAGGAUGGCUCGUUUUCCCUAGGUUACGUGACGCUGCGCACAUAGUGAUGAUUUCAACUACCCAACGAGGCAUGGGGAUCGUCUUUUUCUUUCAGCAGUGUUGCGAGUCUUUAUCUGGGCGGUGUUGUACCUGAAUGAGUUAAUAAAUGUUACGAGUCAGAGAGACAACAUAUGAUGUUUUCAAGAGUUUGACAAAUUAUCAUCCCAACAUCUUCAUUAUGGAGGUUGCAUGCAGAUAAUACGUGCAUGGGUGUGAAGUUUAGUGCGAGUUAACAAUCAUGA